GGUACGGAUUGUGUAUAAUAAAUAAUAAUUGAUAAUAUAAAUGGAGUUAGUAAGUGAAGAUAAUAAAAAACGAAUAGACGAGGUUUGUCCACCCUCCGAUAAGCCGUCAGACAUCGGCGCAGCGCUAGAGAAUGUGAUCCACCACGUGGGCGAUAUGGGCACGUACCAGCGGCUCCUCUUCGUCGCCAUGAUGCCCUUCGGCGUGUUCUGGUCGUUCGUCUACUUCGGCCAGAUGUUCCUAACAGCCACGCCGCAGGAGCACUGGUGCUAUGUGCCGGAGUUGGCCGCUUUGCCUCUUGAUGCGAGCCGCAACCUCUCUAUCCCCGGCGCUGUCAGCGGCGAGUACGACCACUGCAUCAUGUACGAUGCCAACUGGACUGAAGUACUGGAGGUGAUGCAACCCCCUCACCCUGAUACUCCGACUGUGCCGUGUCGUAACGGCUGGGUGUUCCUGCACUAUGAUAUACCGUACUCUACUGUUGUUAGUGAACGAGAAUGGGUGUGCGACCGAGCAUAUCUGGAGCCUCUGUCGCAGGCCAUCAACUUCCUAGGGUCCAUAUUUGGAGGCAUCUUAUUUGGAACUCUGGCGGACAUGUUUGGCCGAGUACCGAUGUUAGUAUUGGCAAACUUGUGUGCAUGCGUGGGCGGCGUGGCGACCACGUUCACCAGCGGCUUCUGGGACUUCACGAUCUGCCGGUUCCUGGUCGGGAUGUCGUGCGACAGUCUUUUCCUAAUGAUGUACAUCCUAGUUCUAGAAUACGUGGGCACGACCCACCGCACUUGGGUGGCCAAUCUGUCCAUCGCCUUCUAUUUCGGCACCGGCUGCCUGCUGCUGCCCUGGAUAGCUCUCUGGGUCUCCAACUGGCGGCAUCUGAGCCUGGUGCUGUCGCUGCCCAUGUUGUUCGUACUACUCACGCCGUUUUUUGUUCCUGAAAGCACUAGAUGGCUGGUUUCCAAAGGCAAUAUCAACAAAGCUGUAAAGAUUCUGCGCAGAUUUGAAAAGAUCAACGGGAGGAAAAUACCUAGAGAUGUUUUUGAUGAUUUUGCUCUCAUAGCCAGAACCUCAAAGCCAGAGAAAGAAGAAAGCGCGCUGAUGCUCUUCAAGACCCCGUCUCUCCGCAUCAUCCUGAUCUUCCUCAUCAUCGCGUUCAUGGCUGUGGCUGUCGUGUUCGACGGGCUGAUACGUCUGUCCGAGACCCUUGGCUUGGACUUCUUCCUCACGUUCACAGUUACUUCUGCUACGGAGAUACCUUCAAUCGCUAUCCUCGUUUUGCUGCUCGACAGAUAUGGCCGGCGGAAAUUGGUAUGCGUCCCUAUUAUGUUGGCCGGGCUGAUUUCUUUCAUAGCCGCUUUUGUACCUAGAGGCAUAGCAUCAGUAUCUCUCGCGGUCCUGGCGCGGUUCUUCACGAACAUGUCAUACGGCGCCGUCAUCCAGUGGACACCGGAGCUGCUGCCCACAGCGGUGCGAGCUUCAGGAGCCUCCUUCGUGCACAUCAGCGCCUUCGCUGCUGUAGCAUUCUCGCCCUUCAUCGUGUUCUCUGAGCGAGCAUGGGAAAGUCUGCCACUUAUCCUGGUGGCGGUGGUGGGUCUACUGGGGGGAGCUAUGGCGCUGCUGCUGCCUGAGACCGCUGGCAGGCCCAUGCCACAGACCAUGGAAGACUGGGAGCAACUAGCUAGCACCCGGCCUUACCAGAGGAAGCGCAAGCCGGCCCAGAUGGGGUCAUCGACGCCUGCCGCCGUGGUCCAAGGACAUACCUAGCAUCGUCACAAUACACGCUUCGUUGCUACAAA